UAUAAGUACCAACAUAGAUGUGAUCAGUCUCCCAAAAACCUCCAUACUACUUACUAGUUACUUCGUAGAGAGCGACUACUACACCAUAUAUUAUCUUUCGUCCCAUCGUUCUAGGCCUAGCGCUACUUGAUUCUUCCUCGUGUUUGGACGUUAUUUGUGCACCACGAUGAAGGGUCACCGCCGUGCAUUGUUGGACGGGAUGCUCUUCCUGAUCAUGAUCAUGUUGUUUGUGCCGGUGGUGCAUGCAGCUGGUUCCCCGCCACUCAGGUUUGGCUUCUACACGCGUUCUUGCCCAGCCGCCGAAUCCAUUGUGAGAAGAACCGUGAGAAGGGCGGUGUCUCACAAUCCCGGCAUCGGGGCUGGGCUCAUUAGAUUGCACUUUCAUGACUGCUUUGUCCGGGGUUGUGAUGGUUCGGUGUUACUGAAAUCCCUCCCCGGUGGCCCAAAAGCAGAGAGAGAUCACCCGGCCAACAAUCCCGGAUUGAGAGGAUUCAACAUCAUCUCCAAAGCCAAAAGAAGAAUCGAGUGCAUCUGCCCCAACACAGUCUCCUGUGCUGACAUCCUCGCUUUCGCCGCCAGGGACAGCUCCCAGAUACUCGGGCGCAUCAACUACCCUAUCCCCGCCGGCCGCCGCGACGGCAACAUCUCCAGCUUCAACGAGGUCACGCAAAACCUCCCUUCCCCGAGACUCUCGGCCGACCAGCUCAUCCAGAAUUUCGCAAGGAAAGGGUUGUCGGCGGACGAGAUGGUCACGCUCUCCGGUGCGCAUUCCAUCGGCCGGGCCCGCUGUUCAUCGUUCUCUGACCGGCUCUACAACUUCAAUGGAACGCAAGCUCAAGACCCGACCCUUGACCGGAACUACGCGGCCAGUCUGAGGGCCACGUGUCCAGUGAACGGAGGUAGUGAUCCGACGGUGGCGAUGGACCCGGCGACGCCCAAUCGUCUGGACAACAGGUACUAUGCGGAGUUGAGAGCGGGGCGGGGGUUGCUUACGACGGACCAGACGUUGGCGGAGAGCCCGGCGACAAGGGGGUACGUGGAUGUGAACGCCAGGUCGUAUAGUGUGGCGUGGGCUGCAAAAUUCGGUAGGGCAAUGGUGAAGAUGGGUUCCAUUGAUGUUCUUACGGGGAAUCAGGGGGAGAUUAGGAGGAGGUGCAGCCUGGUCAACUGAUAUUGGAUUGGAUUAAUAUAUACUUACGGAGCUUAAUUAGAAGCUAGGUAGCUAUAGCGCUAUUCAUAAUCUCAUAUACGACAGAUUAUCACUUUUAUUUCUCGUUGUUCAACUAAUUCGGUACUUAUACUUGGUAAUGUAAUUAUCAUUCUUUAUCCAGAAUUAAUGUUUUAGGUGAUGAUCGUACCUUGUUAUUAAUCAUUCUUUCUUCGCAUGGUAUUAUUUUAAUUGUUCGACAACACAACAUGCACCCUCUGUAACAAAGGGAACGGGAUUAUUAGUUGCAAAAUCUGCCGCGAGUAUGUUGUGCAGAUCGUACGACAACCAUCCUAUCACCUUGACCAGGGACGGAUGGCACCCCUAAGAUCUAAAAUAAAUGUAAAUUGUUAGC